AUGUUACAAGUUGUUGAAUUAUUAUUAAAUGCUGUUUUUGAUGUUGAAAAAUUACUUCGUAAACGUGAUGCUGAUCCAAAUACAGUGACAAAACUCAGUUCAACAUCAUUUUUAUUGGCAUGUGAAAUAUGUGAUUUAGAUAUAAUUGAAGCUGGUGCUGAUUUUAAUUAUGCAGCAAGUGGUCUAGAAGCUGAUAAUUUAAAUAUAACUGAUCAAACAGCAUUUUUUUGUGGCUAUAUUAAACAAUCGUAUUGA